AUGAGAUCAAUCCUUAUUUUAUUAAGUUUAUUAUUAACAAUUGCAUUUGCUUCAGCAAGUUUCCCAUACCAAUGUGGCCCAUAUAGUUGUCAAUAUGGUCAAGUUUGUAGAAUUGAUAAUGGUGUUUGUAAUUGUAUUCCAAUUAAUGAUUGUCAUGAAGUUUCAUUAUCAACAAAGGUAAUUGGUACUUGGGUAGAUGGUUCACGUGGUAAUAAAAGAUUCACUCAAUAUGAUAUUACAAUCACAAAUAAUUUAAAUACAAAUAUUAAACAAAUUUACAUUGCCACUGAUUACACUUUAAGAUUAAGAGAUCAUUCAAAUACUUCAAUCUGGAAUGUUAACCUUUUACCAAACGGUAUUCUCACUCUUCCAUCAUACCAACCAUCAAUCAAUGCCCAUGCUUCCUUUACAUUUGGUUUCAUUCUUGAAGGUACUCAACCUGCAAAUUUGGAUGUUUUAUCUGUUUCUUUUUAA